UUGUGGUGUCAGAUUUCACUCGUCGAGGUGCUGUGUCCUCUGAGCGUGCAGUCAAUUGCUGUGUUGGAUGCUGGAGGGGAGAACGGACUGAGUAGGUACCUGCCGUAGCGUAAAGGCUGCACUGAGGGACGGACGCACCAGAGGACCGGUGCCGCUAGUUUAUGCCGGGUGUUCAGCAAGGCAUUUUUUUUCUACACGGAGCGCAGUCGUUUACCUGACUGGAGGAAGCCAAGGAAUAUACAGUGCUGUGCUGUGAAAAUAGACUGCCUAGAUGCUAUAAUAAAGGAAUAUUUCGUGCUGGCUGAUACCAUGGAUUUCGCAUAGACCCACAUCGGUUCUUUCGUAUUUCUCUUUGAAGAGAUUUUUUCUCAUCUAAAUUCUAGACGGCACACAGGAGAACACAACUGCAUUGAAAUAAGAAUUUUGGGAAAAACGGUUGCGCAUCGACACAGCAGCGGGAUUGGAUCAGAUGAAUACAGGUGUGAAAAACACUGGGCACAAUGACGAUAUCCAGAUCAGAGGCGAACGGCGGUUACGGGCAAUUUGAGAAACAGGGGAUGUGGAGGCGGCAACCGGCGCUGCUGCUGCUGUACGUGAGCUUGGAGGUGAUCGCCCUCCUGUCGUCAGUGGGAGCGCAGGUGGGACGGCUGGAGCUCCGGCUCGAUGAGGAGCAGCCAGCAGGCACCAUCGUCGGGGACAUCAGCGCGGGCCUGCCACCCGGCGUCACGGCGUCCCUUUACUUCAUCUCCGACCAUGACGACAAGGGCGUGGGCCAGGACCUGCUCAUCGACGAGACCACGGGCAUCAUCACGACGGCGCGGCGGCUGGACCGCGAGGAGCGCGACCACUACAGCUUCACCGCCGUGACCAUGACGGGCGACACGGUGCAGGUGUCCAUCACGGUCAACGACAUCAAUGACCACUCGCCGUCCUUUCCCAAGGCCAAGGCCACGCUCAAGAUCCCAGAGCACACCGUGAAAGGGACUCGCUUCUCUCUGGACCCAGCCACGGACGCCGACAAGGAACCGCUCAACACCCAGAACUACGUCAUCAAGGAGGGCAACGUGGGGAAGGUGUUUCGCCUGGAGACGAAAAGAGCUGCCAACACCGUGCUCUACCUUGACCUGGUGGUGGAUGGUGAUCUGGACAGGGAGAAGAGAUCCUCGUACUCUCUCGUGCUCGAGGCUUCCGACGGAGGCAGUCCCAGGAGGACGGGACAGAUGAUUUUAGACGUGCUGCUGCAGGACAUCAAUGAUCACGCGCCCGUUUUCAACCAGAGCCGCUACCACGCCAUCAUCUCUGAGAGCCUGCCUCAAGGCAGCAACAUCCUGCAAGUCUUCGCUUCUGACGCCGACGAAGGUGACAACGGACUAGUUCUCUACGAAAUCAACCGCCGGCAGAGCGACCCGGACCGCUACUUUGUCAUCGACCCUCGUUCCGGUAUCAUCACCGUCAACAAGGCGCUGGACUAUGAGGUCAGGAAGGUGCAUGAGUUGGUGGUGCAAGCUCGGGACAACGCUAGCCAUCCUGAAAUCACCAAUGCCUUCGUCACCAUCCAUGUCCGGGACUACAACGACAACCAGCCCACGAUGACUAUCAUCUUCCUCAGUGAAGAUGGCUCCCCCCGCAUCUCCGAAGGUGCCCAGCCAGGCCAAUACGUUGCCAGAAUCUCAGUAACUGACCCUGACUAUGGAGAGUACUCCAAUGUGAACGUGUCCCUCGAGGGAGGAGAUGGCAAGUUCGCCCUCACCACAAAGGACAGUAUCAUUUACCUCAUCUACGUGGACCAAGUCUUAGACCGUGAAGAGAGGGACUCUUACGACCUCCGAGUUCUGGCCACAGAUGCGGGCACCCCUCCUCUGAGGGCUGAGUCCUCCUUCACAAUCCAAGUCACAGACAUCAAUGACAACCCUCCUCUGUUCGACCAGCAGACCUACAACUACACCAUCUCUGAGGUGGUGGACCCGGGAAACUUCGUCCUGCAGGUCACGGCACGCGACAAAGACACCGGCCCGAACGGCCUGGUGCGCUACAGCAUCCUGCCCAACGCGGGCACGCACGCCUUCUGGUUCUCCAUUGACCCCAUGACCGGGAUCAUCACCACAGCUCUGCAGCUGGACUACGAGACCAACCCCAAGCCCAGGAUCACUGUGGUGGCCACAGACAGUGGACGGCCACCCCUCUCCUCUACGGCGGUGGUGGAGAUCAACUUGGAGAAUAUUAACGACAACGCGCCGGUGUUUAGCAGUAGUCACUACAACGUGUCCAUCAAGGAGAACACGCCACCACGGACCUGCUUCUUUGAGGUCACGGCCACCGAUAAGGACCAGGGUGCGUUUGGUGCGGUGACGUAUUCCCUGGGAGGCGGGGUGGGCAGCACGGUGCCCAGCCAGUUCACCAUCAGCAAGGAGUCGGGGCAGAUCUGCACCAGCGAGAGCCUGGACCGCGACGAGGGAGCCGACAGCUACGACCUGACGGUCACCGCAGUGGACGGGGGUGGUGUGAGCUCCGAUGUCCAUGUGAGAGUGGUGGUGGAGGACAUCAAUGACAACAGGCCCACCUUCUACCCUCUCAACUACGCCGUCAGCCUGAGUACCCAGAGUGCACCGGGAACCUCUGUCGUCAAGGUGACGGCCAGCGACCCCGACGCCGGAGAGAACGGGAGGGUGACCUACCGCACCGUGCCAGGAGGAGGCUCUGGAUUCUUCACUCUCAACAAAGACACAGGUGUGAUCUCGCUGUCCCGCUCCCUUCACGGCAAGGCCAACUCCGUCCUGUCCAUGGUCAUCUCAGCCAAGGACGGCGGGGGCCUCACCUCCCCACUCAACGCCCGCGUCAACAUCAGCGUGGUGGAGGGCUCGGUGGCGCCCCCUGUGUUCGAGCAGGCGCAGUACUUCUUCACCGUGUCGGAGGACGUGCUGAGAGGGACGGAGGUCGGCAUGGUCAGAGCCAGCAGUAGGCAUGGUGUUUCCAAAGACAUCCUCUACACCAUAUCAUCUGGUGACCCCGAAGGUUACUUCACAGUGGACCCUGAAACAGGUGCUCUGAGGACCAGUCUCCCGCUGGACCACGAGGCCUGCUCCUCCCUCAAUCUGGAGAUCCAGGCCCGUACCGGCACUCCACCCGCCUUCGGCCACACGCGGGUCCGCAUCACCAUCGCCGACGUCAACGAUAACGCGCCCACCUUCCUGCCCUCCUCUUCCGAGUCCCUUCUCCUGCCAGAGGCCACCAAGAUGGGCACCGUGGUGUACCGCGUCCAGGCGGAGGACCGUGACUCUGGCCCCAACGGCCAGCUGAGUUUCGACCUUGCAUCAGCAGGCAGCGGCAGUAACCAACGCACGUUCGGUGUGGACCGCGGCAGCGGUGACGUGCGGCUCAUCGGCAGCCUGGCGUACGAGAGCGUGCCGCGCUACGACCUCCAGGUGGUGGCCAAGGACAGCGGCGCGCCCCAGCUCAGCUCCACCUUCACCCUCGUGGUGCACAUCCAGGCCGAGAACGACCAGGGCCCCGCCUUCGACACGCUCACCUACCGCGUGGAGCUCAAGGAGGGCACGGCCCUCAACACUCGCUUCCUCCAGGUCCGCGCCCGACACCGCGAUGGAAACGGAAAUGGAAACGGUAACGGCAAUGGACACGGUAACGGCAACGGAAUGUCAUCCUCGUUGUCUUACCACCUGCGCCCCGAUGGCGACGCCGCCGGCUUCGGCAUCUUGCCCGACAGCGGUUGGCUCUUCGUCAAGAGUGCGCUGGAUCGGGAGGCCAAGGACAUCUACCUGCUCACCGUGCUGGCCACCUCGGGCAGUGGGCACCUGAAGAAAACUGGCAGCGCCACCGUGAGGGUGUCGGUCACUGAUGAGAACGACAACUCGCCCCGGUUCUCCCAGGAGAGGGUUUUCCUGGCCGUGCGGGAGAACCUUCCGGAAGGAACAGGGUUCGGGAGAGUAGUAGCCACCGACCAGGAUGCUGGUCUCAACAGCCGACUGACCUACCGCCUCCUACACAGUGACAGGCACUUCCAGAUCAACUCACAGACAGGGGAGAUAAGCACGCGCACAGAGCUGGAUCGCGAGCACCAGUCCAGCUACCAGGUGGUGGUGGUGGUGCAGGACGGUGGCACCCCACCGCGCAGUGCUACCGGUACAGCCCACAUCACAGUGCUGGAUGACAAUGACAACACCCCAGCCUUCACUCACACCCAACCCGGCCAAGAGUCUCUGAUUCAGGUUACGGAAGGGGUUCCACCUGGCACUCUACUCGGAACCAUUCAAGCCAAAGAUCCGGAUGAGGGAGAGAACAGCACCAUAUUCUACUCCCUCUCAGGUGCGAGAGCAGAGCGUUUUUCACUGAAUCCAAACACGGGCGAGCUGCGCUCAGCGUCACCUCUGAGGCGAGUGGAGAAAGCGGAGUACACCCUCACGGUGUCGGCCUCUGACCGAGGGUCACCUCCUCAGAGCUCAAGCAGCGUGUUGCGCAUAGAGAUUCAAAGCACGGCUCGGAUUUCCCAAAACCCCAACACUCUCAACAUGGCAAUAAACUCGGUUGAGGGCGCCAAGCCGGGCUCCGUCAUUGGCUCCGUGAGAUCUCACGACCACCGGGACGUGGUGCUGGACGGACAGGUGACUUACCUGGUGGUGGGCGGCACCGACAGGGACGGCACGUUCAUGGUGGACCGCGUCACGGGGGACGUGUACCUGGUCCGCGAGCUGGACUACGAGAAAGGCUCGCACUACACCCUCCAGAUCCAGGUGGACGACUUCUCCAAGGCCUACCCCAGCACGCACAUGGUGCACCUCGACAUCCACGUGCAGGACAGCAACGAUCAUGCGCCGCACUUCCCCGAAGACCCCGUCACCAUCGUCAUCCCCGAGAACACCCCGGCCGGCUCCUCCAUCUACACCUUCCAGGCCACGGACCGUGACGGCAGCGGGCCCAACAGCGAGGUGCGCUACUCCAUCCAGCAGCGCUGGCCGGACGACGCAGAGCUCCUGACCCUCGACCCCAGCACCGGGGUGCUCACCCUGGGCCAGGAGUUGGACCACGAGGCCACCUCCUCCCUCUUCCUGGUGGUCCGAGCCACCGACUCCUGCCUGGACCCGAGCCAGCAGCUGUGGGGGUCGGUGACGGCCCGCAUCUACGUGACGGAUGAGAAUGACAACGCGCCCGUCUUCAGCUCGCCCACCGCCGUGAGCGUCAUGGAGGACCAGCCGGUGGGGUUUGUGGUGCUGUACGUCAUGGCGCGCGACGCGGACCAGGGGGAAAACGGCCGCGUGUCCUACCGGAUACAGACAGGCAACACUGGCGGCAGGUUUAGCCUCAAUCCCAACACUGGUUCUCUUUCCAUCCUCAAGGCCCUGGAUCGAGAAGAGCAGGAGACCUUCAACCUGACCAUCGUGGCGGAGGAUCACGGGACCCCUCAGCACUCCACCACACAGGUGCUGUCGGUGCGUGUGAUCGACGUGAACGACGAGGCUCCGAUGUUCGAGAAGAGCCGCUUCGAGGCCCAGGUCAUGGAGAACCAGGAGCCGGGAAGCGUCGUGCUGACGGUGUCGGCCACGGACCGAGACCAAGGGUCAAAUGGACAUGUCACGUAUGGGGGAGUGUCUGAGGAAGGCUUCGCUAUAGACCCGACCACAGGGGUCAUCACUGUCACCAAAGCUCUGGACAGAGAAGAGCAGGAGCACCACACUCUGACAGUCUAUGCCAAGGACGGUGGCAUGCCGCCAAACUUUGCCAAAGCCACGGUGCACAUCACGGUGCUGGACGAGAAUGACAACGCGCCGGUGUUCGGCCGGACUCAGUACACCCUUGAGGUUCCGGAGAACCAGGUGCCCGUGGAGCUGUGCGUCCUGCGGGCCAAGGACCAGGAUGCAGGGGACAGUGGGACAGUCACGUACCGGAUCAUAGCUGGUGACCCCGACGGUGACUUCCAGCUGGACGGCGCGACCGGCGCGCUCUCCACAUCUCGGGGCCUGGACCGCGAGGCCAAGGCCGAGUACACCCUGGAGGUAGCGGCGCAGGACGGCGGCUCUCCCCCGCUCAGCAGCGUGGCCCAGGUGCAAGUCUUCAUCCUGGACGUCAACGACAACAGCCCCGCGUUCCAGAACCCCAGCUACACCGCCGACAUUCCGGAAGACACGGCCGCUGGAACCCUGGUGCUGGAGGUCUCGGCGUCGGACGGCGACGACGGGAAUAACGGGAGGAUCAUGUACUUCCUGAGUCAAGAGGCCGGCGGGGCGUUUGCCGUCGACGCGGACACGGGUCGCAUCACCAUCGCAGGGCCACUAGAUCGAGAGCGGAGGAGCUCCUACACCUUCCAGGUGAUUGCCAUCGACUGCUCGCCGGCCUUGCCGCGCAACGCUACCGCCCAGGUGACCAUCACCAUCCAGGACGUGAACGACAAUGCUCCGUUCUUCAUCCAGGACCCGCUCAUCAUCACCGUGAUUGGCAGCAACGUGGCCAUGCACCAGGUGGUGGCAACCAUGCGCGCUGAGGACAAGGACUUUGGUGCCAAUGGCUCUGUCUACUACCGCUUCGCCAGCCCGGUGCGCGGCUUCGCCAUCAACUCGCUGACGGGCGAGAUCCGGGCCUCGGAGCCCCUGCAGGGGCUGACACAGACCCAGCGCACCCUGAUCGUGGAGGCCAUGGACCAGGGCAGUCCGUCACAGUCCUCCCUGGGGGUGGUGAUCAUCUACGUGAAGGAGCAGGAUUACAGUGGUGUGCGCUUCUCCCGGGCGGCCAGGGACGUGAGCCUGCAGGAGAACGCAGUCAAAGGCACAGAGGUAGCUGUAGCCCAGGCCCAGUUCCCCGACGGCUCCCGGAGUGGAAUCAGCUACAGCAUCUUCAGCGGAAACAGACAACAGUCUUUCAGCAUCAACUCAAACGACGGCAAGAUCUGGGUUCAGAGCUCCAAAGGCUUGGACUUUGAGGACACCCCGAGACUCCGCCUAGUGGUGAAGGCUGAGACUGCGUCCUCCACCUCCUUCAUGGCCCUGAACCUGAUUCUGCAGGACGUCAAUGACAACCUGCCGCGCUUCCAGCUGCAGAACUAUGUGGCAUACAUGCGCGAGGCACAGGGCUAUGACGCCCCCAUCAUUCAGGUGUUGGCGGAGGAUGUGGACCAGGGUCAGAACGGUCAGGUGACCUACUCCAUCCAGUCCUCCAGCAUGAGCGGCCUUUUCAAGAUCGACCCGGUGACCGGCAGCAUCACCACAGCAGCAAUCAUGGAUCGCGAGAUCUGGACGCAGACUAAGCUGGUUGUUACGGCAACAGAUCGAGGAAGCCCGAGGUUGGCUGGCACGGCGGUCCUGACGGUGAUCAUCGUGGACCUCAACGACAACAGCCCCACCAUCCCCUUGCCGCUGGAAGUGCGCGUGCCAGAAAACUCCUUAAUCGGCACGGAGAUCACCCUGGUGACAGGGAACGAUGUGGACUCUGGCCCCGCCCUCUCCUACUCCCUCCAGCUGGACGCCCCCUCGCAGGGCAAGUUCGGCAUCCACCGCUACAACGGCCAGGUGUCCCUAACCGCCCCCCUGGACUUUGAGGAGAAGACCUGGUACACUCUGACCAUCCAGGCCUCGGACUCCAAGCACAAGAGCAUUGCCAACCUCACCAUCCUGGUGGAGGACGUGAAUGACAACGUUCCCACUUUCAGUCAGGACCUUUACCAGGUUACCUUGCCAGAGCAUUCUCCACCUGGAAGCCCUGUCGUCACGGUAACGGCCACUGAUCGAGACUCGGGCGAGAACGGAAAGGUGACCUAUAGAGUGAUGUCAUCUUCAAGGGACGGCUUUUACAUCGACCCUAACAAUGGCACACUGUUCAUCAACCAGAAGGCCGAGUUUGACCCUGAGCGGGCCACUGUGAGUGUCCUUAUCGAGGCCCGUGAUGGAGGAACCCCGGCCCUGUCCUCGAUCACCACAGUGCAAGUCCAGCUAACAGACAUCAAUGACAACGCCCCCAUGUUCCACCAGUCUGAGUACCGCGCCACUGUCUCUGAGGACCAGCUCCCUGGAGCCACCAUCUUAACCCUCGAGGCCGUGGAUGGAGAUCUGUCGCAAGAGAACUCCGGUUUCGACUUCGCCAUAGCCAGCGGCAACUUCGGGAACGCCUUCCAGAUCGAGAGCAGCGUGCGCUACAUCGAAGGCCACGGAUUCCAGACGGUGGGCACGCUGAUACUGGCGGAGCUGCUGGACUUUGAGACCACGCCGCGCUACAACCUCACCAUCGUGGUGUCCGACCGGGGCAUCCCCCAGCGCAGCUCCAGCGUCCCUGCCGUGAUCACCGUGAGCGACGUCAAUGACAACCCUCCGGUCUUCAGCCGCGCCGAGUACGUCGUGGCACUGAGCGAAGGGGCUGGUUCCGGUACCGAGGUUCUCCGCUUGACCGCCACCGACCCGGACUCGCCCCCCAACGCUGAGGUCCAGUACAGCAUCAGCUCCGGGGAUGAGAUGGAGCUGUUUCACAUCGACCAGUGGACGGGGGCACUGAGGCUGCAGAGGACGCUGGACCGCGAGAGCCGCUCCACGCACGUGGUCAUCGUCCAGGCCUCGGACGGCAACGGUCACUUCGCCCUCGCACCCGUCAUCCUGGAAGUGAAGGACGUCAAUGACAAUCGGCCGUAUUUCCCCAUUGAGACCAUGAGCGUGAACAUCAGAGAAAAUCAGCCGCCCAACUCGCCCGUCACUGUGCUACACGCCAUCGAUUACGACACGGGGAUGUACGGCCAGCUGAAGUACUUCAUGGUGGACCGCUCCGGACUGGGACGGGACUCCUUCCUCGUCGACCAGGGCACGGGCGAAGUGCGGACUCGGAUGACCUUCGAUUUCGAGAAGGUCAACUCCUUCAACUUCAUCGCCGUGGCCGUGGACGCCGGCAACAACUCGGCCACGGUCACCGUGCAGGUGUACGUCACGGGCGUGGACGAGUACGACCCCACGUUCACCACGACAGACUUCACCUUCGUGGUCCCCGAGGGAGCCAAGAAGGGCCAGAGCAUCGGGCAGGUGCAGGCCAUGGACGAGGACGGAGGAGUUGAUGGCAUCGUGCUCUACUCCUUCCCCGAACCCUCAGCUUACUUCGACGUGAACAAAACCACGGGGGUGGUCUUCCUCAAAACGGACAGCACCAGCAGCCACAGCAGCUCUGGCCGUUCGAAGCGCGAGACCCGUCUGAUGAACCUGGACAUCACGGCACACGGCCCCCUCGACACCUCUCGCGUCACCAUGGCUCAGCUGACCAUCGACGUCACCAACACCAACUUCGGCCUGGCCACGGACUUCAGCAUUCUGCUAAUCUCCAUCAUCGCUGCGUCCUUGGGAGUCGUCGUCAUCCUAGUCAUCAUCGUCAUUGCCCUCUGUGUCAUGAAGUCCAAACGCAGGAAGAAGGGCCAGGACACGAACAGGGGCAUUCCUUCAGGCACAGCCAUGCAGAAGCUGGACGAGUCCGCAUCCGGAGCCGGCGAGAGGAUCUACCAUCAAACCCUGCCCGGUUACGGAGGCGACCAGGGCGGGACAGGUGCCGCCACGUACCCACGUGGAGGCUCCCUGGACCCCUCGCACUCCAGCGGCCGGGGCUCGGCGGAGGCAGCUGAGGACGACGAGAUACGCAUGAUCAACGAGUACCCGCGCGUGGCCAGCAUCACGUCCUCCAUGCAGGAGCACAUCUCCGCCCGCGGGCCUGACUCGGGCAUCCAGCAGGACGCAGACCAGCUGUCCGACAUCUCCUGCGAGCCGGGCGCCCUCGAUGCCAGCCAGUGGUUCAAGGGCAAGAAGCUGGGUAGUCUCAGCGGUACCCUGCUGUCAGGUCAGCUGCCUGUGUACAGGGAUGAGGGAGGCGGGUACCUGGGGGUGGGCCGAGGGUUGAACAUCUCCCACCCUAAGGACUACGCCUUCCCUGAGGACGGGAAGCCCGCGGUGGACGGCUCCCUCACAGCCAUCGUGGCCAGCGACGAGGAGCUGAGGGGCAGCUACAACUGGGACUACCUGCUCAACUGGUGUCCGCAGUUCCAGCCCUUGGCCAACGUCUUCACGGAGAUCGCCCGGCUCAAGGACGAGACGGCCCAGCCGUCCAACAGCCUGCGACGACCCUUCCAGCCCAAGCCCAAGGCGGACCCCAAGCCCUCGCGGAUAGACCCGCCACCCCUCAUCACGUCCGUGGCCCACCCGGGCGCCAAGUCCGUGCCGGUCAAGCCGGCCCCCGGGUACCGGACGUUCCCGCACCUGACGUCGCUGCGGCGCUCGCCCAUCAGCCACGAGGGCUCCAUCUCCUCGGCCGCCAUGUCGCCCAGCUUCUCGCCGUCGCUGUCGCCGCUGGCCGCCCGCUCGCCAGCCGUGUCCCCGUUCGGGGUCACGCAGGGCCCCUCGGCAUCCAUGAUCAGCACCGCGGACCCCCACCAUCCUCCCACCAUGCCCAUGCCCAUGGACCACAGCGAGGACUCCGAGAUGAGGAUAUAAACAAGACUUCGUUUGGGCUGCGUAAAGCUGCCACCAACACAGUAAAUCUAGCAUUGUUAACUCAACUUCGAUUUGGAUUUAACAUCUUCUAGAGUGCUUUUGGUCGCAGAGCACUCUCUAAAAGUGUUGAAUUAACACUGCGCUUUUUUACUGUGCCCUUCUGCUGCUGCCGCCAAAAACUUUCCCUGUAAAGAAUGGCACAUACAGUAGAGCGAAUGAACUCCUGCGCUCCCCGAUUGGUAAUCGGGGAUACUCGCAGAUCAGACGCAAAAAGGUGUCUGAAGUGAAUCAUAGAGAUUAGGAGAGAAGAGGAGAGAAUUUUUAAAAAGGGUGCUGUCCUUCCCUUCUUCUUCCACCCCUCCCUCCCAUCCCUUUUUGCCUGCCCACGUUGCGACGUAGGUCUCUGAUGACUGUCAAAGGGUGACAAAGAUUUGACACUGAUGCUGCUGUUCAAUGACGAUACCCUUUACUGUAUCAGACCAGCCUUAGUUUGGAUGUAUGUGCGCCUUUUUCACAUUGCCUCACUGGCUGGCCAGGGAGAGGAGUGUGCAGUGCUCUUUUUUGUCUGACUGUUAAUGGAUCCUUUGGGACUGAAAUCCAGCGUUGCGGAGUCAGCCAAAAGCCCCAUUGUUACAAGGACAGUGUGCACACGUGUACUGUUAUACUGUAAAUGCACAUUUUGAAAAAGGGGAACAGACUUUUUUUGUACUUUGAUGCUGUUGAAACAUGUCUACUUGCUUUUUGGUUUAUCUCAUUUAUUUUUUUUAUGUCGCAUUCAUAACCGGUGCCAUUGCCUCUAAAGAGGUUUUUUUUUCAUGACAUUCUAUUUACGCAUAUAUGUAUAUUUGUAUGUAUGCUAGCAGUCAUAGUAUGUCCAAUGUAUUACUGUAUAGUUUUUAGGAGUAGCAUUAUGGUGUGUUUGUGAAUAUUUGACAUCUGUGAUGUGAAUGAGUGAAAACUGUGCUUUGAUAAUUAUUUAUACGGGAAAAAGAGAAAAUGUUUGGAAAAUGUAGGCAACCAGAGUGCUGUAUUAUAUCCCAAAAAUGUUUUUUACUCGUUUUGUAAAAAAAAAUAAUCUAGUAAGCCUUUUUGUAGAAAAGCUUGGACAUGUAGCCUUCUAGAGAAAUUCAGCAAUUCAGAGUUGUGUGUGACAUUUCCAUGUUGCCAAUGAAACACCCCUAUAGCUUUGCAGUUUCAUAACUGAUGCUCAUCUAAUAUCUGUCAGACCGGAGAGAAUCGAUUAGUAUUGCCCAUGUGUUUGUUUUUCUCUUUUCCUUUUCGUAGCAGGGGCCCAGCCCUCUUUCAAAAUCACACAUGUGUCCUUCAGUGUAAAGCUAUGUGAACAAAACAGACCAGUGACAUAUUGUAAAAGUCAUGCCAAGGCAUCGUUAGGUGGUAUGGCGUACACAUCUGGUCAUGUCGUGUUUGAUUUUUUUUUUUAGGCAAAAAAUAGUCACUGGUGUCUUGGCUGGUUUUAUGUGAUCGUCUCAAGCACAAUCGUUCAAGCAUGUUUAUAAAUGGGGUCUCCAUGAACAUCUGCAAGUGACACAAGUGUGGGAAGUAGCAGUAUUCUAAUGUUCUAAUGGACUAAUGUUCUGGGCCAACAGAGAUGACUACAGCAAUCAAAUGUCCUUGUGUUGAUAAGGGGAUUGUUUGGCUACCUCUUUUGCAUGCAUAAAAGACCACCACAGCCUCAAGGUAAACUGCUUCGCUUCAUAUGAAAAAAAGAAAAAAAAAACGCAACGACAGAUAUUUGGACAACAACAAAACAAGCGAGAACAUUUCAUAUUGUCUUGAAAAUAUAUAUUACAUUGGACUUCAUAUUUGAGGCUUAAUCAAGACUGCCCUCCUAAUACUUGGCAGCAGAAUGAUGGUAGAAAUAACCUGUACAUAUAUUUAAAGGAAAA